UCUCCCCGCCGACUUCCUCUGUUGUAAAACUGAGUUACAUGCAGGCUAAUCAUAACACGGUCCUUGCGGAUCCCUUGCUGCAAUGUUCCAGCCGAGGUUCAAGAAUUUCAGUAUCAACUUCAACAGGGUGAAUGAGGCGGGGACUUUCUCCAGCGGGGACCCGAUCAAUGGCCAGAUCUCGUUCGAGCUGACGAAGGAAACGAAGAUUAAUUCAAUAACGCUAACAUUUCUUGGGAAGGCGCACGUCCACUGGAGCACGAGCUCAGGGUCGGGCAAGAGGAGAAGCCGAAGACAUUUCACCGCCACCGUGGAGUUCUUCAAGCUGAGCAGCACCAUCCUGCAAGAGCGCACCGCUAUUGGCGAUGGAACAGAAAGACUUCAGCCUGGGAUGCAUGUGUACCCGUUUUCAUGCCAGAUCCCCCGAGGAGACUUCCCAUCCUCCUUCAAGGGGCCAAGUGGUGAAAUCACCUACACCUUGACAGUUGGUAUCCGCAGGCCGUGGCGUCUGACCAAAGACUUUUUGACAGAGGUGAACUUUGUAAGCCGCAUUGAUAUCAACCAGCCAGGGCUUCUGGCUCCCCUAGCAGGAACCAACAGCAUGACAGCGUGCUGUUUGUGGUGUGCCCAAGGUCCCAUCACAAUGACUGCCCGCCUGGAUAAGAAAGCCUUUGUUCCUGGUGAAACCGUCAAAAUAAGUUGCGAGGUCAGCAAUGCUUCCUCCCGCACCAUCACUCCGAAGAUACACCUUCGUCAGAAACAGAUGUUCUACACACACAACAAGGCCAACAGACGCAUGCUUGAGAAGCAAUUGGCCUCAGAGACUAGGCAGCCAAUCGCCCCUCACACCUCUGAUGUAUUCACUGAAAUCAUGCUGACUAUCCCUCCCGCUGUUUCACCCACCAUCUCUAACUGCGCCAUCAUUGAAGUCAGCUACAUGAUCAUAGUGAAACUUUGUCCUAAAGGUUUACCCAGCCUCGAAGUGCAUUGUCCCAUUGUCCUGUGUCCUCUUGCAUCCGCUCAUCUGCCACCCUGUUUGUGAGUAUGUAACUGCGGUAUUCCACGUGAUGUGCUUUUUUCCCUGGUUGAAGGAGCCACGUGGUGCACAGCUUCAUCUCAAGCUUGUCCGUUCCAAUUCUUUCUUUGUUUAAACCAUCCAAACUGAUGGUGAACGGUAUUUUAAGUAAAUGUAUAUCCUUUUAAAUUGUUUUACAUUAAGCCUAUUGAUAAUAUACCACUGUUACAUGUCAUGUGCUUCACAUAGUUUCACAGUGCACUCUGUUAGUAAGCCUUAUUUCUCAGGGUGUUUUUAUCAGGCUUACCUGACAGAGGAUGUUUCUUGUUACUUUUAUUCUAAUUGUUUUUCAUCAUUCAUUUCAUCAUUGUUUUUCAUUCAUUUAAUUUUAGCUGCUACAACCUGUCUUCUUAUGGUUUGAGUUAAUCUUACAUAUUGUCUAAUACAAAUUAAUAAUAUAUAGUGCACUAGUAGAUGUUGCCAUUUUUUUUGUGCACUUCUGCAUUCACUUCUGCAGGUAUAGGCCUAUUUGUGAGUGUGUGGCGUCCCUCUUCUCCUCCUUGUAUCUAUCCAAUAAGUAUGUACCUCAGCCACUCAGGUGUGCAUUUCUCCUCUUGACCAAAGUGAUCAUUUGUACCUGUUGUUAUUAGAAUAGCCAUUAAGUCAUUGUCUUGGCAAGAAAAAAGAAUGUCAUGCCAAUUUGAACACUUGGACACCAUAGUGCUUUGUUUAUUAUUAACCUUUAUUUAACCAGGUAAGUCCCAUUGAGAUUAAAAAUCUCUUUUUCAAGAGAGACCUGGCCAAGACUGUCAGCAGCAAAAACACAAAGUUACAGACAGAGACACGACAGAAAGAGUUAAAAUCACAAGAGAAAAUCACUACAAUAAAAACAAUACAACGACACGGCAGUACAAUACAACCAAGUCAAAAGAGGAAUAAAACAGAGCUUUCUGGGAGACUAAUAUAAACACUGAUGUUCUAAAAACAACAUUCAAUCGACCUCAAUUUACGAUCUCUCAUUAUUGAUUUAAAAACAUUCAUUGACACCGAGUCCUUUAGUUUUAGUUCACUCUGCAACAAACUUUUUUGUAAUGAACCUCAAGGAUGCAUGGUACACUGUGUCAACCAUAUGAAGACAAUGACCAGAGGCAUACAUAUAUAAAACAUCACCAUAAUCCAACACAGGUAAAAAGGUGGCAGCGACAAGACGCUUUUUUACAUUAAAAGAGAAACAGCUUGUUACGAAAAUAAAAACCUAGUUUUAGCCUUAGCUUCCUGACCGGGUACUGAACAUGUGGUUUAAAACUGAGAGAGUCAUCAAUUAAGAUACCCAGGUAUUUGUAAGACUUGACAACCUCAGAGGUAUACAGAGGUAUUGUGAAGCAGAAGCCAAAACCCCAACUGACUUUAUGGAAACUGCCUUAUAGCAACAUGCUGCCAUAAACUGUUACCAGUAUUUACAUAGUAACUGUGGGUGCAUUUCUGUUUUGUGCAUGCACUCACUGCACAGUGUGGGAUAUUGUAUGUAUGUGCAUUGAUUCGAUUUCUGCAGAUGGCAAAGUAGAUGUUGUGUGUUGCUUUAGAAUUUGAAGGUUUUUACCACUAGGGCUAUUCCAGAGCCCUUAUCAUUGGAAUAUUUUUUUUUUUUAUCUAUGUUUCUGUACCAUGUUAUAGUUGGGAAUCAUCUAGGGGUGUAACAGUGCGUGUAUUCAUCACAAACUGUCACAGUAUGGACAUUAUGGUUCGGUGCAUGCAGUCAUACCAAAAAUACCAGGUAGCCUAUGUGCGAAGACGGAUGAUUCAACACUGUACACUGCAGCAGUUUAUUGUUUAAUGCAAUCAAGUAUGUUUAUUGGUAAUUAGGUCAUGUCUUCGCCAUCCAGUGGAAAAAAAAAUGCGUACACCAUGGUUGUGGAAAUACAUCAAACAUGCUAAUAUUACAAAAUUGGCCAGUUGACGAAAUGCUCCCUGGCUCUGCUACUCUACUAGCAAGAAUUUUCCUCUGUCUUUUGUUGGGAGGGUUGGGCUUAAGCUUUGAAUGUAUAAAUAUAGCCUAAGUGGAACAAAUUAAAAAAACACCUAAUGCCCAUGUUUUAUUUUGUACUUUUAUAACAUAGGGAAUGCCUUUUCAGUUUUGUAGCCAAUUGUGUGCUAUUGCCUUUUUU